GUGCGCUUGGCCGAGUGAGCCCAUUUUGCGUUUUGCUGAUCGACGAGCACGACAUGGCGUCGUUGCGCGACUACCAGGAAGAGGUCGUGGCGCUGGCGCGGACGACGAACGUCGUCAUGGUCGGUAGCACGGGCAUCGGCAAGACGUUCGUGUCGAUCAUGCUCCUCCGCGAGCAAGACUACUCGGUGCAGCGGGCGUUUGUGAUGGCGCCGACGCGGCAGCUCGUGACGCAGAUCCACGCCAAGAUCCUCAAGCUGACGACGCUCAAGGUCAAGGCGUACUGCGGCCGCGAAGUCGAGGUUUGGGACCAUACGCAGUGGGCGAACGAGCUACUGCUCAACUCCGUACUUGUCUGCACGCCCGAGAUCCUCCGCAACAUCCUCGCGAAAGGCUACAUUACGUUUGAGCGCAUCAACCUCCUCGUCUUUGACGAGUGCCACCACACGGCCAAGCGCCACCCGUACAACCAGAUCAUGAAAGAGUACAAGAAGAAUGCGGCCGUGUCGAAGCCGCGCAUCUUUGGCACGACGGCCUGCCCAACGCUCGAGUGCGCGAGCAACUUGGAGGCGACCUUGAAGAAGAUCACGAUGGACGCAAAUGCGAUGGGCUUGUACGCGGCCUGCGCGCCCAUGCUGCACGAGACGUACCCCGCGCGUGAUGACUUCAUGGCCGACAAGGACGACGUCACGUUGCUCCUCGAGGCCGUCGAUGGCCUGCGCGUCUUUGAGUACCUCAUGACCAAGGCCGACUAUGGCGCGGCGACGCCGCCCGAGAAGCGCUCUGCACGCCUCGCCAAGCUCGUCAUGGACUGCACGAGCGUGUACCAGAACCUCGGGCCGUGGUGCCUCUACCGGUACCUCGAGAUUGAGAUUGAGCGCCAAGCGCGCAAGGCGUCGCUCAAGUGCACGACGGCAGGUCACAUGACGGGCCUCGAUCCGCAAGCGAUCUUUGCACUCCUCCUCUGCCGCUCCAAGUGCCACGAGGUCGCGUUUGCCUGCACGCCCAAGCUCCAGAAGAUUGUCGACAUCCUCCGCGAUCGCCUCUUUGUGACGCCAGUGGACACGACGGCGGGCGAUGAUGAGACCCUUGGGACGACCUCUGCGUCGGACGAUGCUGCCAGUGAGACGGACGAGGACGCUUAUGACAAUGACAGCAAUGCGCCAAAAACGCUCGAAGACAUUCUCUCGGACCUGAGUGACGACGACGACGACGAUGUCGAAGACACGGACGCGCCGCCUACCGCCGACAAUCUCAAGUGCGUCAUCUUUGUCAACCGACGCGCCGAGUGCCGUGCGCUCACCGACUACCUCAACGCGCGCUUCCCACCACCGCCGAGCGGGACGCUCUUUGGGUGCAUGCUCGGCCAAGCGAGCUCGAAAGACGCGGCGUCCUUUGACGUGCCGAGCAUGACGCAGCUCCUCUCGGCGUUCGAGUCGGGCGACACGCGCGUCAUGGUGUCGACGUCGGUCUCGUGCGAAGGCGUCGACUUUCCAAUGUGCGCGAUGGUCAUUUGCGCCGACCCGAUCACAUGCCCCCGCAUGUUCAUCCAAGUGCGGGGCCGUGCCCGGCACGCGGACGGCGCAUGCUUUUACCUCACGGACGCGAUGGCCGUCGACGACGCGACGCAGUUCCACGUGCUCGUGCGACAAGCCAACGAGAUUGGCAUGCUCGAGUUUGGCUGCGACAAGGCGGUGACGCUCUCGACGCAGCCGCUCUCGGUCAUUGCGAGCACGAACCGACUGCAGUACACGGUCUCGCACUCGACGCAGGACGCAGCGAUCCCGUCGUCGCUCACGGUGGACGAGACGGGCGCGGUGCUAGACCUCGACUCUGCGAUCUCGCGUCUGAACGAGUUUUGCCAGUCGCUGCCGCAGUUUGCCAAGUACAAUUUGUCGCCGGUCUUUACGUUUAACGAGAUGGUGACGCCCACGAAGCAGCGCCGCUUCCAAGCAAAGCUGCAGCUGCCCGCGCAGCUCGACCUGCCGCUGUUUGAGACGCCGUUCAUGACGUCCAAGGCGGUGGCCAAGGCGAUCGCGGCGUUUCGCGCCUGCGAAGCGCUCUUCCUCCGCGGUGAGAUCGAUGCGCACCUCAACCCUGUGCACCGCAACAAGAAGCUGCGGGACCUCACGACCAUUGCACGGCUCACCCCGCCGCCCAAGCGCCCGAGAGGCAACGAGACGACGGUCUCGUGAUGUGUAGUACACGUUUGGUUUUGUCAAGUGUUAGAGCAUGAAGGCGAG